UCGGCCCACAAAUCUACAACAGAAAUCGUAUGGCGAAACCAUUUCAAUUACAAGACGACGUCGCUGCUGUCGCGGCCUGCCGCUCCGACGCGAAUCCGGCGAAGAAGCUACAAGCCGACGCGCCGUUGCCGACGAAGAAGCUACUUGGAUAUUUAGUCACGCUCGGCUUGAAAAUGGUAUCCUAUAUGUUUAGAAAAUAUUCAGAGUAUUUGUACACGAAAUGGGAAAGGACGAUUCUUUGGGACAUGGUUGAGCCAUACAGGAGACCAAGAUCAUUUACUCCGCUUGUCACAAUCUACAUCUCUGCAUUUUAUACCGGGGUCAUUGGCGCAGCCAUCACUGAGCAACUCUAUAAGGAGAAGUAUUGGGAGGAUCAUCCCGGUGAAAUGGUACCUUUUAUGAAACCGAUGUUUUAUGGUGGCCCUUGGAGAGUUAUGAGAGGUGAUGUUCCUCCAACUGGAAAAUUUGAGCUAUGAACCGUUGUUAGUUUUUAGCUUUGUUUUGUUUCGAAUGUUUUGUGUAUAUGUUACACCUUCUCAUGUUUGUUGUUGCUCUGAAUGGCAAUAUUUAUAGAUAAUAAGCUCCACAACUACACAGCUUUGGAGCAUAGACUUUGUGGUUUUUUAAAAGAAACACUUUUCUUUGUCAUCUUGAUUUUCAUUAUUGUUUUUCGAGAAA